UUCAUCUCACCGUUUUUGGCAGACCCUCGCUCUCUCUCUCUCUCUCUACAAUUUUUUUUUUCUCUCUGGUUUUCCGUUUGUUCCAAGUCCUCACUUCAAAUAGAGACCUCCCUUCGCUUCUCUGUUAAGAGAAUCCUCUCUUCCGUUCUCUCUCUCUCUUUCUCUCUCUCUCUCUCGUUCGAUCUUCUGAUCCAGUCCUGAAAUCCCCAGUCGUCAGUCUACAGUCGACUGAUGUUAGGCAAAAGAUCAAGACCCAUUUCGAGAAAGCCGGUUGUUGAGGUUUCCGGCAGCCCGAAAGUCUUCCCGGAGCGGGAAUCUACCAUGAGUCCUAGGACACCCCUGGAUUUCAGGACCAGGUCACCAAGAGGCUGGGAAAGCAAGGAUCACGAGGGGGUUGGAUUGGGAAUCGUCGCCGCGAUGAGCUCGAAAUCCGGUGGUUCAAGGGAAAUUCCGACGAAAGCCCAGGUGGGAGGAUUCAACAGGGGCGGUAAUGUGGUACUGGGAUCGACCCCAAUUCCUAUUAUGAGCCCUUGUGCUGGCAGGGUUCAUCUGUACCAGCCAAUUGUGGUAGCGGAGGAUGAGAUGGAGUGGUCGGAGGACUAUACUUGUGUGAUCUCCCAUGGGCCGCUCAGCACCAAAAAGACGGUCUAUUAUAACGGCCCCUUGAAGAAGGAAGUGUUUGAUGAGAAGGUGAAGAGCUCUCAAGUGUUCAUCUCGCCGCAACCAAGUUACAGGGACGAGCCUUCAUCUUACCCCUCCUCGGAUUUUCUCAAAUUCUGCCAUCUUUGCCGGAAAAAGUUGCAGGGCGAAGACAUUUACAUGUACAGAGGGGAGAAGGCAUUUUGUAGCAUGGAGUGCAGAUACAUGCAGAUGGUUAGCGAUGAGUGCGUGGACAAGUGCGUUCCAAAACCCUCCCCCAAACCUGUCACUUCUUCUUCUUCUUCUUCUGCGUCCUCCCAUCCUGGCACCAAAUUCUUCUUCACCAGCAUCGUCGCUGCGUAGGACCAAGAAAUGAAGGAACCAGAACAAGGAGAAGAAUGAAAGAAGAGAGAAGAACAAGAAGAAGAAAAGUGCACGCGAAUGAAGAACCGAAAGUGCACAGACGCUUACGGCGAACAUAUCUUACAUAUACAAGAACAGGAGCAUUCAAACGGGUGCAAUUUUGAUUGAUUGUUAAGUGUAAAAGCGAUUGAGGCUAUAUGAUUUUGAGAAGAGAGCAAGUUUUGGCUUAUGAGCUUGUAAAUGGAGUCGGUCUUCGCAACAUGGGAUGAACUUGACAGGUUUUUUGUUCGGCCUUGGUUUAUUUUUUCUCAGAUUUAUGAGCCCCCAUUCUCGCAAGCGCGUUGAUUUUUGUAAGACUUGGUUAUAAGUGGUUUGAUGGAUCACCUGUUAUCCAGAUAAGUGGGGAUAAACUAGGAUUUUGUGUACCCUUUUCUUGUGGUUGCACACUAACAAUAAUGAAAUGAAUUUGUUGGUGAGAA